AUGGUGAACAUUAAUCUCACGGCCAGAUAUGCACGACGCCGGACUAUUACUUGCGUGCAAGAUCAACGUUCACAAUUCGUAUCUCCAUCCAACAGAACUGACAAUCAAACUCUACCACAUACGCAGCAAGAUAUUACGUCGCCAACAAGGUCACUGCACAACCUUGAUACAGUGCAACCGGCUUCGAGAGAAGAUUCUCCAGCCAUGCUCUAUGCCCAAGUUGCUGAGUGUAGUAUCAAUCAUCUCCAGCAUCUCAUCACCCCCUCUGCCAGAACUUACUUUCUUGGAGAAGCCUUUAGCUUGACUUAUGUAAUUAAUGAAGUUCUGGCCCCCUUUUUCAAAGGGUCUACUCCAAACCACCAGGAUCGAUUGCAUUAUCCUAUUCCUGAGGCUUCGCACAGAAGAACACAAGUAGAUACCUCGUACUUGGAGCAAAUCAACAUUCUGCAAAAUAGAGGGGUCUAUCAUUAUUUAUCAAACCAUCAUAUUCAAAAAUUCCUCAAUUUCUAUUUCAAAUGGUUCCAUCCGGCUUUCCCUAUUCUUGACCAAGAGCAAUUUAACCACGAUGUCCGAUCUAACAAGCUAUCCUUGCUCCUCCUCAACACAGUUCUGAUGAUUGCGGUUACUAUUUGCCCCGCAACUUACCUGGUAGAAGCUGGGAUACCGGAGCGAUAUGCAGCACGAGAGAUAUUCUACAGACAAGCAAAGUUAUUAUACGAUGAAGACACCGAUAAAGACAAGCUUCGUAUAGUGAUUGGAACGUUUCUUCUGAGUUUCUGGUGGGGACGACCGAUGAGUCGAAAGAUUCGUGGCACUGGCUUGGAAUCUCCGCAAGCCUAG